AUGGUGAGUGAGGCAGCACCAGGCACCAGGCAGCAGGCAGGUACAGGAAGGAGUUCCCAACAAACUAAACAACAAACACCACACCGGCGCCGCGAGGACACAGUUACUAACUACAGCCACAGUUAUAAUGUAUUCGCACGCCAUCCACGUGUAGGUUCGUUGUGUCCAAACAGAAUGCCUGAGAUUCAGAACACAAACAAGGCCACUUUAUUUAAGUUCCACGUAAAAUAUCCCACGUGUUUCAAAUUCUGGCCGCGACACGCCCACUUGGAGAUAAGCGCUGGCGUGUCUGUGAGCCGCGAGCCGCACAAUAUGUCACGCAGGGGAUGA